AUGGAUCUGAAGAGGUCAACUUUGAUGCUAUUGCCUUCAAUAAUUGUUCUCCGCUGGAUGACUGUCUCUGCCAAGUCACAUUCUUCGAACUCAAUCCUCAACAUAAUCAAAAGACAGCUGCCACCUGGAACGCAGGAAAAAACACAGAAGACCCUAAAUGUUGCAAAAGAUUCUCUCUCUCUUUUCAAAGAUGUCGUGAAUAUGAUGAACUCAGAGAAGUUGUCCACUGUGAUGAAGGGUAUUUCCAGCUUUGCUAGAUUGGCUCCAGGUGUUGCAGCUACGGCCUUCUCUGUUGUCAAGGUGGUCUUGGCUUUUAUCCCUCAGGACAACCCACUGUUGAAUGAAGUAAAUAAAGGGUUUAAUGAGGUGAACCGGAAGCUGGACUCUCUCUCCUUCAAAAUCUCCAACCUAGCAACAGAUGUAGAAUGGUUCAACUAUGUGAGCGUCUACUCUAAAGAUGAAGCCACUAUUCUCAAUGCCUGGAAGAAGUUUAAUGACCUUCACAGUAAUCUGGUGAAAAGUGCAAAAGAUGGACUCACAUUGUCUGAGAAAUUCAUCAGAUACUAUGAAAACUCAGGAGUCGAGUCCAGCGUUUCCAAUUUCUAUCGGUACCUUACAGGAACCAGCAUUUCUCUGCAUGGGAACCUCAACAAUCUGCUGAAGAAGAAGCUUAAAUGUGACAUUAAUAAGAUAGGCAGAUAUAACUCUUACCUCAGCAGUUUGCUGUGGAAGGGGAUGGUGCUCAACCAGUUCUACUGGAAAAUGGCUGGUGUUAACAUGAAAGCCAAAGAAGAUCAACCUGCACAGAUACUAAAGAAGGUUUCUGAAGCUCAGUUAGCAGAAGUAGAGUUCUGCCUUCAAAACUAUGAGGAUUACUUAAAGAAGGAUGUGGUUGAGAUUGUCAAAGAUCUAAGUCCAGACAACAAAAAGGCCAUUGCUGAUCAGGUGAAAGAAGCUCUGGACAACAAGUACAGCUGGUACAGCUGGGUGGUGUUGGUGAUAGGGACGGAGAAGAAUCACCUACUUCAUACUGAGUUUACUUUCAACAUCAAUGGUCUUCUUGUGGGUGUAGAUUACACUGUGAAGGCAAACAUGACAAAUGUUAAAGAAGUUAAAGACACAGCCAAGGCAUGUUUUGAAAACCGGAAUUGUAAUAAUGUGAAAGCACCACAGAGAUGCAGUCAUCAAUGGUAUCCAAGGGAUCAUAGUGAUGAGAUUUUCUUUCCUUUUGAACACUAUGCCAAAGUUACACAGGUUGCCUAUGGAGAUCAGUAUGUAGAGGUUCCAACACCUUUUCAACGAUUAAAGUGUCAAUGGUGGUGGUGGUGGAAUGGCUUGGUUUGGUCCAACUAUGAUGGUUGGAUUUCUGUUCAUUACUCGAGAAAUGAAUCUGUCUGCAAAAAACAUCAAUGUAAGAACAAUGGGACAUGCAGGAGGCUGCUUAGGUCCAACGAGUGGCUGUGUGACUGUCUGGACGGUUACUAUGGAGAAACGUGUGAAAAGAAGUUGGACAUGACAGUGACAGAGGAGAUUGGGUCUGUCACUAUCCCGACACCAGGGAUAGUGACAGUGGAGCAGACGAUGAAAAAGCACUAGAUACUUAUCAUUUGUGUUGUCAUUUGUUUGGUUGCUUUGGUGCUGAUAAUGUUUAGAAAACACUUGAACUUUCCUUUAUGUUGUCGACAAAAACAUUCCUGCUUGGAGUUAAAGUUUCUGUUGCACAGUAGGGUUUAGAAUAUGGCAGCAAACUGUGAUAUGAGGUAUCAUAAAAAAGUUGGAGAGCUAUUCUAUUAGAACAUCGAUAUUUAUGCAAAACUUGCAAUAGAGACAACUAGUGCUUUCACCUAAACAUCUGCAAUAGCUCCAUAAUCUCCUCUAUUUAAUCAUCUUUAAAAAAAUUAUUUCAUUACUGUUAUUGUCAUAAGUUUGCAUGUUUUCAGAAGUUUCUGUUUCUUUCUUUAAAAAAUGUUUGCUGUGUUGAAGGAGAUUGAUGGAGAUGAGAAUUAAUUCCCUUCUGCUGUAAAAGAAUAUGGAAUAAAGUCAGCCUGUGAUGAGGGUUAUUAGAGUGUUAUGAACAUUUAGAAAGCUUGGAUUUCUCAUUUCACAAUUUGUAAAAGUAAAAUUAUUAAAGUAAAAUUUAAUUGUGAUGCAGAUGGAGACAGAAGCACAAAUGCAGAAUAAACAGAGUAAAAUAAAGUCUUUAUGCUUUUUAAAGGUAAAAAAUAAUGUAACGGUUUUAUGACAGUGGUUUUCAAACUGACUCCUGUAGAGUAGCACUAACCUAACAUUUUUUUACUCAUUUGAAGAAAAAAACUAGUAAAAAUUAUUUGGUAGAAAAUCUACUUUAGUACUGAGUUAUUGUUGUAUUAAAACAUUAGAUUUAAUAUUAAUAAAUUAUGCUGGGAAACAGACUUUGUGUACAAGUUCUGAAAUUCCUAAAGAAUAAAAAUAAAUGUCAUGUAUAUAAAAGAACAAAUUUGUGCAGAAGAAAAUACUUUUAUCCAUUAUUUUAUUUUAUUUUGUUUACUUAGAAAAGCAAUUCUUACAGUGAGAACUGUAUAUAUGUUAGGACGGGGAAACAAUCUUCCACUGAUGAUUUCUACUGUUUACUGCAUGUUUAUCUGAUAUUGGAAUCAUUCAAAUUACUCACAGAGGAGUCAGAGAUUUUACUCCAGUAGGAGCAGCGAUACUUUGCAGAAAUAUUACUCAAGUAAAAGUUAGAAGUACAGCUCAGUAAACCGACUCCUAAAAGCAGAUUAUUUUCAAAUUCUUACUGAAGUAAAUGUAACUAAUGACUGCCCUCUUCUGCCUGCAUGUUUAUGUUUUCUUGCCUUAAUAAACAGUGAUUUAAGCUUUAAGCUUGAUGCUUUAAUAUUUUUUGUUGAUGUUUAAAUGUUUUAUGCUUGAUGUGUCUGUAAGGAUUGCACGGCUACAGUUUGGGUGUGCUUCAAUACAAUAAAGGAAUUAUAUUCAGAGGGUCUCU